GUUCAGUUAAACCGCGAUUUUAAACAAAGUCAUUGAGAACAGCUUUGAUCUCUACCAAUGACUGCGAGCUUCGGUAUUCCAAAAUAACAAGAUUUGAAAAAAAUAUAUAUUAGAAAUAAUUACAAAAAAAAAAACAAUAAAAUCAAUUAUCCAAUAAUUAAUCAAUUAUAAAAGUUGACGUAGAAGCGUACGCGGUGGGUGGUGUAGUGAUUUGCUAUAUAGACGAAAGACUGGUUAAUCUUUUAAAUAAAACAUAAAACACUCUUAACGGAUUAUAAAUUACCUUAAAAGGUUUUUGAUAGCUGUAAUUUCAAUUACGGAUUAACAAAAUAAACAUUAAAGAAACCAUAACGAAUCAAUAAACAAUGAAUGUGUUUAAAAAAUUAUUACUACUAAUGUUCCUGUGUGCAUUAGCAACAGCACAAGACUAUCAGGACUAUCAAGAAAACACACCACGUUCUGCACCUAUAAGACUGCGCCCAAGUGCUGGACAUUUGGCAGAUUCUGCCCGGCCGACACCAGUACCAAUUUUAAAGCAAAUAAAUAAACACAAUGAAGAUGGUUCCUAUACUUAUGGUUAUGAAGGUGCUGAUGGUUCAUUUAAAAUCGAGACUAAACUGGCAACAGGUGAAGUAAAGGGCAAAUACGGUUAUGUAGAUGAGACUGGUAAAGUGCGUGUUGUGGAAUAUGGCGCUAAUAAAUAUGGAUUCCAGCCAUCUGGUGAAGGUAUAACAGUAGCACCACCAACUUUAGUAGAUGAAACCACAAGAGAUCCACCAGAAUAUGAUGAUGAACCCAUAAGACCACAGAAACAAUAUCGUGUCAAUCGACCACAGCCACAACCAAGACCAGCACCUCGUCCACAACCACAAUACGUACAAUAUGAAGAAGAAGAAGAACCUGAAAAUAUACCAGCACCACGUAGACCACAAUAUUCUUCACCACCACAAGCUUCAGCACCAGUACCACCUAGAUUACAAGUUCCCGGAGCACAACGUUCUACAGAUGUGUUAUAUUCACCUUUGCAGCGUCCAGCACGUCCUGAAGCUGAUUAUUCACAAUCACAGUCAUUUGGUGAAGGUCCGUCUAAUGUGCGGAUUUCACGUCCUGUCUAUGCUCCAGCUCCCGCUAAUCCAGCGCCUUCAAGUGCACGUGCACAAGGUUUCUUAGCACCAGCAUCUGGUGGUCGCCCUCUCUUGGAACCUUUACAGUUUGGUCCAACACAAGCACCAGCACCGCGCCCCGUACAACAGCAACCGCAACAGCCACGUUAUCAACCACAAGGCAGAAGCAACGGUGGUGGUGGCGGUAGUUUAUUAGAUCAGCUAGCGCGCGACUAUGCACUGCCACAGGGCAAUGCGCAGCCAUUACAUGAUAUAUCUUUCGGUUAUUAUUAGUUUGAACUAAAUUUUAGUUACAGUAACAAAGGAUCAUCUAGUCGAUGAUUCCAUUUAAAUUAAUAAUUGUUUUAAAUAUUUUUUAUUUUGUAAAAAUUUUUAAGCAAUUCAGUUUUUUAUUAAAAAAGUUUUUUGGAAAAUAAAUUAAAUUUUUGCCAGAAUUUUU